UUAAUCGAGUGAUUAGUUUGUUGUUCAACUUGUGAUUAACUUUAAUCACUUGAUUAAAUUGUAAUUAAACUAAAACACCUAUAAUUGCUGCGUUAAAUAUUAAUCACCUCAUUAAAUUCAAAAUGGUGGAUGUUGUCCAAUGGAAUUUAGGACCUUUGCCUAGAAAAGAAAGAGUUUUUAGGGGCCAAGACCCUCUACAAAUGAAUUUUUCUGAUGAGCAGUUACGCCAAAGAUUUAGGUUUGGAAGGGAAAGCAUAGAGUUCAUUUCAGACUUGCUUAGAGAUGACCUACAAAGUGCAACUGCAAGGUGCACAGCACUGAGUGUUGAGGAGCAGGUUAUGAUGUCUCUUCGUUUUUUUGCCAGUGGUUCACAUCUUCACGUUAUAGGUGACACUAUGGGCCAUGACAAAGCUACUGUGUCCCGGGUGUUAACUAAAUUUACUGAUGCAUUAAUUGCAAAGAGGGACCAGUUCAUCAAAUGGCCAUGUACGCCGGAUAAGUUGAGUGAAGCUAAAAAUGGUUUCUUUGAAAAAGCAGGCUUCCCCAAUGUUAUUGGCUGUGUAGAUGGAACACAUGUACGAAUUCAAGCCCCCGCAGAUGAUGAACCAAGCUUUGUUAAUCGCAAAGGCUUUCACAGUGUGAAUGUGCAAGGGAUUUGUGACCAUAAUUGUCUCUUUACAAAUGUAAGUGCAAACUGGCCAGGGUCAUGUCAUGACGCCCAUGUAUUUAAAACAUCUGCAGUUGGAAUUCAUCUGCAGAAUCAGUAUACCAGUAUCGAGCAAGGUGCUGUAUUAGGAGACAGUGGUUACCCAUGUCGUCCAUUUCUGCUAACACCAUUUAGGCAACCAAUAGAACAGAAAGAACAAAACUUUAAUAAAGCUCAUAUAUCAACAAGAUGCACAAUUGAGAGAACAUUUGGAAUUUGGAAACAAAGAUUUCGACUUCUAAAAACUGGUAUUAGAAUGAGACCAGACCGAGCAUGUAAAUUUAUUGUAGCGUGUGCGAUUCUACACAAUAUAGCCAUGAUGCUGAAAGAACCGAUUAUAGCUAAUGAUGAUAUUCCAGAGGAACAACCAAUGAUACAACCAUACAUUGGACAACAAGAUGGUCGAGGAAUAAGGAACCACUAUGCAACAAAUUUUUUCUCAUAAUAAAAAAAUUAGUUGAGA